AUGGUACAAGCAAAGUAUACAAAUGUGUGCACGGAGAACAUGGAACCUGACACCUUAACGCCCCAACCUCCCCCUCCCCUCCCCCCAGAACGCGUCAAGAAGCAGCCGAAGACCCCCUCCUCCCCCCCAGCGAAGCCCCCGGCCGACCCUGCCCCCGAGGUCAAACUCCAGCAGGAAGAUGACCCGCCGUCGCCAGAGGUCGCUAGUGUGGAGGACGCCAAGGGAGCGAAUAGGUAUGUCAGCACUCUGGUGUGGGUUCCCCGUAUGCAUCCAGAGAAGUUCUCCACCACCCUGAUUGUUUCACCCGAGGAAGCCACUUUCACCGAUGCCAUUUACAUCAAGGAUGCUUCCUGUGAUUCCCAUGGCAACAAAGAUGAAGCAAGAAAGCAAUGAAGAUUAUUUUUUAUAGACACUCAUCCAUUGAGCUUCCCGAACAUCAGAUAUGUUGCCAAGAUACCAAGAGCUGCUGCAUGAGGAACACCUUUAUCAUCAAGGCGAAACUGUGACUUCUUACAGCAGUCAAUUCAACGGCAACCACAUGGCCUCCUCAGUCCACUUCACUCCUAUGGCCGUCUCGUAAAAUCUCUGCUUGAGGUCUUUCAAUUUUCUUUCAAUGAGCAGGAUUUAAUGAAUUUUGGAUUGUCUAAAAAUGGAUAGCUGUUGUUUUUUCUUUUUUAUUUAAAAGUGUGAGGAAGCUAUCUGUUUUUGUUUUGUUUUCUCCUUGUACCUUUGAAACUUGUUUUGGUGUGGUAAAUUAAUUUAGGUUCAUAAUCAUUCCACUUAUUAAUAAUUUUCUGACUCACAAUAGAGGUAAUAUCAUGAUUUAACUUUUACCUCUACAAUUUGUAUAAUAUAUAUUUGUUUCUGUAAGUAUAUAUUAAAUUCUUGCUAAUAAUGAUUCACACUAAACUUGAGUUGAAAUUGCCAGCUGGGCCUCGGAUAUUCUUUGAAAGCAAAAGAAUUGAUCUUGACGGGUACUUCUUGUGUACAUGGCACAAGCCUCAAGGCAUCAUUAUACUGGCAAUAUAUAUAUCUAAUGGCAACUAGAAAAACUUUUGAAGGUAAAAAUUGCUAUCAUAAUUAUCAUUCAAUUAAAAUCAUCAUUUUCCCCCCCCUUUUCUGGGCAUAUGCUAAAUGAUAAAAAUAGGAGUCUGCCUGUUGGUGACCCACAAUUUCACAGCUGUAAAUGGCUUCUCCGUAUGGCAUCUUUGAUUCUCUAAGGAAUCAAUGGAUUAUUAAACCAACAUUAUCAUUAAAACUUUUUAAAAAUCUAAUAGAAUUUAAUGGAGAGAAAUUAAGCAUUUGAUAUUACUAAAUACCUAUAUUACCCGACAGUUUUAAAAAGUUAACAUUUGUACAUUUGGUACUGGUCUAUAAUGUUGCUGGGAAAUUCAUUUUCAUUUUUUUAAUAGAAACAGAAACAAUGCAAAUUUCACGUAGAGUCCUAUAUAUAACUUGCAUCUUACAUGUACUAAGAUACCAGUUAUGACUGUAUGCCAUAUUUACCUUCCUUUGAGCAAGUGUCCAUAUGGAUUUUACUAGUUUUCUUACUUUUGAUACUUCUGAUUACAUAUAAAAUGCAGUUCAUUUGCUAAAGGAAGCAUAAUGAUUUUUUUUCUAAUAUACAAAAUGUGUAUAUGAGCUUUACUUUUAAAUCCGCGUACAUAUAAGCUAACCGUUUUCAUGUUGACAAAUGUGGAAAGGUAUGAACGAGAACGAACAUCUUCACAAUACAAGAGAUGUAUUUGACCGGUUUUGAUCAUGUAUUUCUGAUGAUGAUAUAAUCGAAACCGGUCAAAUACCUCUUUUGUAUUGUGAACAUUUUCAUUCUCAUUCAUACCUUUCCACAUAUAAGCUAACCUUUUUAAUAUUAAAAAUUAUUUGAGUUAAGCUGAGGUGUUUAUAUGAAAAUUAUGCUUAGGAUAUAUAUUAUUGUUUGUAUAUCUGUCAUAAAGCAUUCUUAAUUUUCAUAUUCUUGGCUGGAAGCUUUAUUAGUUAUUAAACUACUAUAGUAUGUUAUCACCAUAUUUAAAUAAAUUAUAUGCUUC